AUGAACACCAAUGCAUUCUGUAUCUUUCUUUCUAGAACUAAAUCCGAUCACCGAAAUGAAGAUGCCGGUAUCGGAAGAUCUCAACGACGAAUGUGUCUUUCAUUACCUACUGUUUCUUCUGCUUGUUCAACAUCGUCAACUGCUUCGUCAACAACAACACCAUCAAAAGACAAUAUGGGACACAUUAAUUCCGAAGAUGAAGAUAUUCUUGUAGCAAAAAACUCAAUGCCCGAGGAUGAUCCAAAUGGUAAUACAUUGCACGAUGCCCGAGAAAUUCGCUGGGGUCCUCAACAUGCCGGUGCCAAACUGCUCGCCAGUCAAUAUACGAAAGAAAAACGCAUUCAAGAAAUUAUUUCGAUUAUUCUAUGUAUUAUUUUAAUGGUUUAUAAUUUUUACUUUAUUUGUCGUUACUUCGAUGUUAGAAAUUGGUACCUCAUCAUUCCUUCAGCUCUACUGGGGAUAUUAACAGCAGAUUUAGCAUCAGGUAUUGUCCAUUGGGGUGCUGAUACAUGGGGUUCAGUAGACAUGCCAUUUAUUGGUCGAAAUUUUCUACGUCCAUUUCGUGAACAUCAUAUCGAUCCAACAUCGAUUACGCGUCAUGAUUUCAUUGAAACGAAUGGUGACAAUUUUGCAGUGACCGUUCCUUAUCUUUUCUACAUGGCUCAUAAAUUUACCUAUUGGAACGAAACUGAUAUUAGACGAAUCUACAAUUUUGAGGUCUACAUGUUUCUUCUCGCAAUAUUCGUAUCGAUGACAAAUCAGUUCCAUAAAUGGUCACACACUUAUUUCGGUUUGCCGUCGUUUAUUGUUUUCUUUCAAAAUUAUCAUGUUAUUCUACCUCGUAAACAUCACCGAUUACAUCAUGUUGUUCCACAUGACACAUAUUUUUGCAUUACAACCGGUUGGCUGAAUUGGCCUUUAGAGAUGAUAAAGUUUUGGCCGUGGCUUGAAUCAAUCGUUGAGAAAUAUACGGGGGCCAAACCGCGUUCAGAUGAUUUUGCUUGGGCACAAAAGACAGAAAAAGUUCAUUGCUAUUAG